CGGCGGCGGCGGCGGAGGGCGCGCGGGCGGGGGGAGGAAAUGAAGGCGAGUUCCUCCGAGGCAGGAGCCAUUCGCGCCCCCCCGCGCCCCGCCGCACCGCCCCGCGCCCGGCUUUGUGCGCAGCGCCGCGCGGCCCGGCCCGGCCCCAGGUGCUCUCCGGCCGGGGCGAGGGCAUGAGCUGCCCCCCUGCGGCGCGGCGCCCUGGAGCAGCGCUCCAGAGCUCCCCAGGGCAGGGCAGGGCGGCCCCCGGGCCCGCUCCGGCGGGCGCCGGGCCCGCGGGUCCCUGCGGCUCACGCAGCCCCCUGUUUCCCCCAGCAGCUGACCCGGAGGAGCGGGGACCGCGGUUGGAUUGUGGCCCUCCAGCCUCGCAGGCGAUGCCAGCGUCGGGCCGCAAGAGGAAAGCCAACUUCUCCAACGACGAGACGGAGACGCUGGUCUGGAAUGUGGUGCGGCACUUCAGCGCCCUGUACGGGUCCGAGGCCCUGCGGGCUCACCCCGUGCGCCGGAAGCAGCUGUGGACCCAGAUCCAGAGCCGCGUCAACUUCCUGGGCUACACGGAGCGCUCCAUCGACGACCUCAAGCACAAGUGGCGCGACCUGCGGCUGGACGUCAAGAAGAAGAUCACCUCCAAGAAGCAUCUCCCCAUGAACCGGGCCGGCGGCCCGCUCCACAAACCCCGCCUCACGCCCCUGGAGAAGAUGGUGGCCUCCACCUUCCUGCAGGCCAGCCACGACUCGGAGCCGGAGAUUAUCUGGGACCCGGACUUGUUUUUCCCCGGUGCGACCAAGCACUCGAUCAUGUCCCUCCAGCCCGGAGUCGGCCACCCCAGCAUCUAUAUAGACACCAACGGGCAGCCGUCCUCUCUGCCGGACAUGGAGGGCUCUGCCGUGCCCCGGCUCGCGGUCCAGAGCCCAGACCCGUCUGUGAUCUGUGAAUACAGCCGCGGCGAAGGGCAGAGCAGCUCAGCCGAGUCGGGACCGGAGCUGCGGACCCCAGAGAUGUCAGCCAUGUCGCCGUCCCUGCGCAACGAGUCCCUCGUUUCCUACGCCUCCAUGUCGGAAGAGGAAGAGCGGGAAGGCCGGGAGAUGGACGGAGCACAUGGCGGGGCCAUGGCGCUGCCGCCCGGCCCGGAGCCCCAGCUCGCGGCGGAGGAAGACCUGAAGGCAUCGCGGCAGGCCAUGCUCAUCCGCCGGUGCAACUCGCAGGGCUCCGUGACCUCCCUGCCGGAGGACGCGCUCAACCACGUGGAUGGUCACUCGGACUGGGGCCACGAGGGCGUCUCUGACAUCCCCUCCCUGGGCCGGGUGCUCGAUUCCUCCCAGCCCGAGGAGGAGGAGGGCGUCGGGCCGGGCACCGAGAUGGGCGCUUUGCCCAGGGUACUGAUGGGGCCCGCCUGGGAGAAGCCGGAGGAGGAGCACCCGGCCCGCUCCCCUCUGCACAGCGCCCUCACCGAGGAGUCCCUGCCCUCGUCCGCCUCGCCCCAGGGCGACCCGACCCCCGCCCCGGCGCCUCCACGGGGGCUGGGCUGCUCCCGCCUGCGGGACGGCCGCCGGGAGAGCUGGAGGACUAACAUCCACCGCCUGCUCGACCUGGAGGAGCAGUGGGACCAGCUGUACCACCAGGAGCUCGCCAUGUGGCAGGAGGAGCGUGCCACGCAGCGCGAGGAGCGGGCCCGCGACCGCGAGCUCCAGUUCCGCCUGCUCGGCGUCCUGACGGACAUCCGCGACGAGCUGCGCUACCUGCGGCAGGAGCGGGCCAGCGCGCGCCAGAGCCAGGCCCCCCCCGCCGAGGCCGGCCCGGCUGUCGACCCGCUGCUGGAACCGCCCAAGCCGGAGGGCGGCUUCCCCCUGCCCACCGCAGGCAAUGCCCCCUGGGGGGAGCCCUCCGUGGCUGGCCGGAGCCCCUUCGGCGGCCGGGGCAGGGGCCGGCGUCGGGGCCGGCCACGCGGGUCGUCCUCCAAACACAGACGGCUCUUCCUGACCAACAGCUAGGAGCGGGCUGGGACUCGAUCCAAACCAAGGACCUGGUGUAUGUACAGACCUCCCGGAGGCUGGAUGUGAGCGCAGGAGCGUGGGCAUGUGGCGUGUGCAUGGGCAGGGUGUGCUGGGUAUGCGUGCGUGUGCGUGUGAGCGGGGGGGCGUGCAGAAGCGUGUCUGAGCCAGUGGGUGGUAGCGGCGUGUGAGAUCAGAGGACACAGCGGGGCAGCAGGACACAGCUGUGCGGUGCUCGGGACCAGGCUGGGACGCUGCGUGAGCACGUGGAGGACAGAGGCCCGUGAGCACGAGCUGCGGCGAGCCUAGGGGCAGGCUAUGCACAUGGGGCCAGCAGGCGUGUGCAAGAGCGAACUUGUCAUGGAGCACGGUGGGGUGUGCGUGCGGGUGCGAGGCAGUCGUGAAAGCGAGGUACUGGGGCGUUAGUGGGUGUGUGCGUGCAGCAAGGUUGAGAGUGGAGCGUGUGCGUGCGUGCAUGUGUGUGUGUGCACAAGCCCAGCAUGCCUCCCAGAGCCGCAUGCGCAUGCCAGCAGGGGCGUAUGUGCAAGCGUGCUAGUGCGAGUAGGAUUACUACCUUCUGGGGGGCGGGCAGUUAGGAACUCUUAGUCGCUGUCAUGCGAACAUUUUAUGCAAAUCAUUUAAUGACCUAAUUUGCAUAUAACCAUAAACUUCUGUUUAAAAAAAAAAAAAGCAAAACCCGA